CCGACAUCUUCAUGCCUGAUUGACACACCCAGCACUUCGCGAUACGAUUGCCAGCUCGACCAGCAGCAGGCAUCGCGGCACGCUACUGACCCAGCGCCGUGGGCCGCAGUGUUGAGUAGCAUCAAAGGUGUCCUGCCUAGGCUGAGACCCUAGCAUCCGUGCGCAACAGGCCAGAGUAGAAGCCUCUUACAAUGGCCAAAGUGGAAGGGCUGUUCUUCGAGGACAGCAGCGAUGAUGAGUUCAAGGUGAUAGAGAGCGCUGACGUCUCUCUGCGAGGGGCGCCGGCUUCGAACGAGCGCUGGAGUCCUCCAUCGAAUGGAUCCGCAUCGAAGAGGAGGAAGCUGGAUAGCAGCUCUGACACAAAGGGAAGUACGCCCCGAGGCUCGGCGUCGCCGGUACCGGUUAUCACACCCACUAGAUCACCGGUGUUCAAGCGUCGCUUCAUUGGCACUUUCAUCGUGCCUGCUUGGUCGCUCUCCAAAGGCGCCAGUUACAUUCAGCAGGGAGACCGAAUCCUGGUGACGAGGCAGAAGCCAAAGUCGUUUGCGGACGCGGCGACGUCCAAUGGCAAGAAAACAUCGGGGAAAGCCCAGCCAAAACAGGCAAAGCUCAUGUUCGGUAGCAGCAAGACCCAAUCGCCGAUUGCCAAAAAGCCCAAAGAAAAAGAGGAUGUCAUUGUUCGGUUCACAAACCUAAGAGGCUUUGAGGUCGGACGCAUACAUACGGAUGUCAGCGCUUGGAUGUCGAAGCUGCUCGACAGGGACAUCGUAUACUUUGACGGAAGUGUUGUGGACUGUCCUUCAUCUUUGACUGUGGGAUGUGACAUUCUGCUAGAAAUCAACGCCUACUUGUGCAAAGAAGCUUUCCCUUUUGCCAAAGGAGCCCGCUCAUCCAACUUUGGGCGAGACGCGGACGAUCAGACGUUCAACCCCUGGGGCGCCGAGACUGCAGAAACGGCCAAUGAGAAAUCACUCAGAGAGCGUAAAGGAGCUCUCCUGCGGCUUUUUCGAGCAUGCACACUGAAGCCCAGCAUGACGAACGAACUUCUGAAAACGCAUCAGGCAACAUCCGAGGAGCUGGACGCUACCGACGCCAUUGAACAGUACGGCGGUGCUGCCAGUAUUUCUAGUUGUUCUACACUGAGGGAUACCAAUGGCGCACAGAGGCCAAAGAAGCAUCAAGAGAAGAGCGGGUCUCAAGAGCAUCCAAUCGUGCUCUCCGAUGACAUCAAGAAAGACUCAGUCAACGCUUCGAGCGCGAUCGACGUCGAGGAUCCUUCCAAAGAGGAGCACGAGGUGAACGAUGGCACUGAACUAGCCGAGGACCAGCUAAAGGCAGUCUACGCUCAAGCUCAGAGGGGGGAUCAGGCCUUGCCUGAGGUGGAACCUUCUGCAGACUUUGCUUUGUCUUUGAGACCCUACCAAAAGCAAGCUCUGGGGUGGAUGAUCAACAUGGAGAAGAGUUUGUCGGAACGUCAGGGCGAUGCUAGACACUUGAGCCUGCAUCCUUUGUGGGAGCAAUACAGAUUCCCGCCCGACGAGUCAGACCCCCAGAGCGCCAUUGCGCUUCUUGACGACCCUUAUGCCUACUUCUAUUUCAAUCCCUACACGGGAGACCUCAGCCUUGAAUUUCAGCGGGCUAGUCGUGGUGCACGCGGCGGAAUUUUGGCAGAUGAGAUGGGGCUAGGCAAAACAAUUCAGCUCGCUGCUUUGAUACUGUCGAAUCCGUUGGAAUCCGAAGAUCGAGACGGGGAAGAAGAAAGUCCCUUGGCCACUCCUGUGGCAGAUGGAAGCAGUGGGUCCAGAAGGUCUGGCUUCAAGCAAGUCUCUUUGGCAUCCUCUUUUGCUGCUGCUGGUGGAUACGACGGAGCCGAUCGACGCAAAAUGCUCAACACAAAUGCUAAGCCAACUCUGGUAAUCGGGCCGAUGAGCUUGGUAGGCCAGUGGCGAGAUGAGCUAGGCAGAGCCUGCCCCACUCUCGAGACGACUAUGUAUUAUGGCGACCAAAAAGGAGAUCUGGUAACGCGGCUUGAAACGUCGACUGUCGACGUCGUGAUAACCAGUCUUGGAACACUGAGCUCCGAACAUAAGCGAUUCAUUGAUUCAGCAGCAUCGUCCAGGUAUGCUGCGUCCUCCGCUCCGCUUUUCGCCGUAGAAUGGGGUAGAGUGAUUCUCGAUGAAGCACAUCAGAUUCGCAUGAGAUCCACUCGCGCUGCCAAGGCGUGUGAUGCACUCAAGGCUCGGAGAAGAUGGUGUUUGACAGGCACUCCGAUCGUCAAUCGAGUCAGCGAUCUUUUCUCACUCCUUCGCUUCCUUCGUGUCGAGCCCUGGGGUGACUUUUCUUUCUUCAACACAUUCAUCGCGAAGCCAUUUGCAAACAAGAACCCCAAGGCGCUUCAAGUUGUUCAGGUUGUUUUGGAGUCUGUUCUUCUGCGGCGUGAAAAGUCAAGCAGAGACAAGGAUGGCAACGCGUUGGUAGUGCUGCCUGAGAAGAAGAUCGUCACUAAGCGCCUCAAAUUCAGCGCACUGGAGCGGGAGAUCUAUGAGUCUGUCUAUAGCCGUGCAGCACUGCAAUAUAAGAGACUGAACGCCAUUGGAGCAGUCGGACGGAACUAUGCUCGUAUUUUCACGGUUUUGCUUCGGCUCCGCCAAGCUGUCUGCCAUCCGCUACUGGUACUGAAAGCGACGGCCAAAUCAAGAGCUGGUCCGAAUCCUGAUGUCCCUGAGGAAAUUGCUGAUUCGCAGGCGGACAUGGAAGAAGAGGUAGCGGAGGAGCGUGAAUUGCAGCGAUUGAUUCUGGAGUACCAGAAAGGCAUAGGCGAGGAAGAUGGCACCCGCGAUGACAAUGGGAGUACCGAUGGGCUCGACAUGCAAGCGAUAUCAAAGAUGAUGGCUGAGAAUGACGACACCGAAGCCGAGUGCCCGUUCUGUUUCGAAGAACUUGCGGAAACGUGCUUCAUGCCUUGCAAGCACCGUGGCUGUCGCAAUUGCCUCAUGCAGCACAUAGAGAGGUGCGAGGCGCGAGACGAAAAGCCUAGGUGUCCCACGUGUGACCAGGGUCCCUUCAGUGCUUCGGAUCUCAUCACUGCCGUGCGGUUGCGCAAGAAGCAAGCGCAGUCGGCAGGACACGACCCUGAUGCACAGCAAGAAGAGGACGAUGAAGCACCCUCUUCGCAGGCCUCGGUCUAUUUUCAGCGCAACAACUUUCGCAGCAGCACGAAGCUGGAAGCACUCGUCCAAGAUCUCAACGAGUUGCGCCUUUCAGAGCCGGGCUUCAAAGGUGUUGUGUUCAGCUCCUUCACAUCGUUUCUAGACCUGAUCGAGCAGAUUUUGAAGCGGCACAAGCAUGGAUUCGUGAGGCUCGACGGCUCCACAAGUCAAAAGGAGCGAGAAGCGGUGCUCAAGGCUUUUGCGGCUGCGGAUGGGAGUCUGCUGAUGCUGUGCAGUUUGAAAGCUGCUGGUGUGGGCAUCAACAUGACUUCUGCCACCAGAGUUUGGAUGAUGGACCAUUGGUGGAACAAAGCAGCAGAAGAGCAAGCGAUCGAUCGCAUACACCGCAUCGGUCAAAUGAGAGACGUGACUGUGCACCGCGUCAUUGUGGAAAACACGAUCGAUGAGCGCAUCAUCGCUUUGCAGAACCGCAAACACGCCUUGGCUGGCGCGGCUCUUGCAGGCUCGGGUGAUAGCGAUAAAUCUGAGGCGCUGCAGAACCUCGAGCUAUUGUUCGCGGACUAGACCCAGACCAAACAGAAAGCGAAUCUCUGUCAUGCCUUUAAUGUUACAGCGCUUGUUGUUGCAGAUGUAUACGCUCAAUUCGAA